AUGAAAGCAGUAAAGGCACAGUCAGCAGCUUCAAAAAAGAAGAAGUUCUCGUCCAUCAGUAUAGGCCCCGAUAUGGAUACGCACCCAUCAGUCAGCCUCACUUCCACAGAGGCACCCGUAAAGCCUGCUAAUGUGCGAUCAGAAAUGGCUUCUCUCUCUUCAAGUGAUACCGAAACGAGCAAAGACACUGGAGGAGGAACGAUCCACAGACUGCAGGAGGACUUUAUGGACUUCAAGAAGGAGGUUGAACAGCAGUACCAGGAAUUGCGAGAGUGGGUGUACAGUAUGUGCCAGCGCUAUGAUACCGUUUUGACGCGGGACAGGAGAAACGGGAGUGAUGCUACCCAACAGAAUUCUCACCACGAACACAAGAAGACACAAGAGGAAGUGGCUCGUACAAGACAGCAAACGUCGAAGAAGGAAGAGAAGAAGAGGGAGCGAAACUUUAAGAAGCAAAGUGGACACCUCGGAGGAGUCGCAACCGGAAGGGAACCUCAAAAGGAAAGCAAUAGCUGGAGAAGCAUCACAUCGGCAUUUAAAGGAGGACCCAAAACAGAAACAGAACAUCUCAGCCGCAAUCUUCUCGACAUGGAAGCAGAGUCCAACUCCCAAUGGCGCUCACAACAGCAGCAGAAAAACCGAGUCCGAUACGAUACAGAAGGAGGAUUGAAGAAGUCGCCGAAAGAAGGCAAUAACCUACUGCUCGGAAAUGCAAUAGACGAAGCACCACAGAAAGCCACAGGGGAGGCUGUUAUGGGAGAUCCUGGUGGAUCCGGACUGCGACGACGGUACUGGCGAAUCAAAAUGGACUACGGAGGCUACUUUACCCAGCAAGCUGCUUCGGGCAUCGACGCUUCGGUGCCUAACCCAUUCCAGCUAAAUGCCAAUUUCAAUCUGAACAAUAGCGCUGGAUACACUAAUGGAGCGCAGACGCAAAUCUACGGACAGUACACAAAUCCAUACCUUACGGGAAAUCGGUCUUUACAAUCGUCAUCGAGCACUCAACAAAACCCUUAUCGGCAAAGCACCCAUGAUUCACUGCAAGCAUUUUUCAACACAGGUCUGCAAUACCAACUCUAUCAGAAAUCCUCCUUGAUGGGAGCUACGGAUAGCAGAAAUAGCGCUAGUGGAAUCAUGGCUGGAAUUCCUGGUUCAUCGCUUGUUGGCGCUUUAUGUGGCAAUCCGUCAGAAAGACGUAAACAACGGCGAAUCCGCACAACAUUCACUUCCGGUCAGCUAAAAGAGUUGGAGCGCAGUUUUAUGGAAAGCCACUAUCCUGACAUCUAUACCCGAGAAGAUAUUGCUAUGAGAAUCGACCUUACCGAAGCGAGAGUGCAGGUAUGGUUCCAAAAUCGACGUGCUAAGUACCGCAAGCAAGAAAAACAGCGACGAGCCAAGGAAGAAGGAGAAGACUCGGAGAAGAAAUCCGAAGUGGACGAGAAGAUUUGCAUUGGCGAUUCGACACUGUCAGAUCUAGUCGACCAGUAA